AUGGCUCCCAGACAGACCGAGAAGGGCCUUUUCCAGGCCGCCUACGAACAGGUUACUUCGCCUGAGCACACCACCAUCGUUAGGAGCAUCCUUGUUUUCGGUGCCGGCGUUGCUUUCCUCCACAGCAGCCUUUCUGAGCUCCUCCUUCCUCCUGCUUAA